AUGAAUCCGGCGGAGCUUGAAUUUCUUUCAGAAGAGGAAGGAUUGACCAUAGUACCUAAGUUUAAACUUGAUGCUAUUAAGCUGCUAAAUACUACUAUUGGUCCUUUUUUCCCAAAUGUGCCAACUGUUGUCCCUCUAUGGGUUGCUCUUUUUCUGAGAGGGCAGCAAAAGUGUCGUAUUAUGCCACCAGCGUGGUUAACGUUAGAGAAGUUAAAUGAGUGUAAAGAAGCUGAAGAGAACGACUCUGGUUGUACUUCUCCUCCUCAUUCUCAAUAUAUUGAAAUUAGUACACUUCUUCUUCAACACGCGGCUGAAGAUAUACCGAAUCCUGAAAGUAUUCGCAACAUUGUUCGUGAUGUAUGGGAUAUUCGUGUUGGGAAAUUGUUAUCGUCUGUUAAUGGUUUCCUCUCUAGUGGAUCGUCGACAGCACGAGUGGAAUUCUAGAAGGGUUAGAAAUGUGAAGAACACUACAACAAAAUUGCAUGAAGCUGAGAAAGUCCUUAUACGUUUUCUGAUACGCAACUCGCGGUUCCCGACAACGGCUCAACUUACUUACUUACUUACGCCUGUUACUCCCAAUGGAGCAUAGGCCGCCGACCAGCAUUCUCCAACCCACUCUGUCCUGGGCCUUCUUUUCUAGUUCCAUCCAAUUCUUGUUCAUUUUUCUCAUGUCUAUCUCCAUUUCUCGGCUCAAACCUUCCUAAUAAUCAUGUCCAUGCCAGUGAACAACUUAGCGAGUUUCUGAAUAUGAAAGAUUAUGUGUAGAAAAAAUUUACAAGUUGACGACAACUGUUUUAUGUUGACUACUGCCACAUUCCUUCAUUUAAUGAAUUAUUUAAAUAUAAAUAUAACAACUAUACUCAGCCUUUUGUAUUGUAAAUCCUGUUAGUAUUUAUAAUUGUUGUCUAGUUCGG